AUUCCUAUGACUAUGCUUGUUCCAGUAACAUUUCAUACCACGGUUCAGUGCAGUAUUGAGUACAAGCAAAGAUAACUUUAUUUUUAAGAAACAAAACUAACUUUGAAGCUGUCUGAGAAGCUGGUGCAGCUUUGCAGAUACUGAGGUUGAUCAGGGUUGGAGGGAGAUGCAUCUUUUGUGUCGUUCUAUGCACAUUUGGUGUAAUACUCCUCUUCCUUUCUUUCCUUCUCUUUUUUUUCUGUCUCUUUUAAUGUUCUCCUCCAGCUCGAUUUGAGUUGAAACCAAGCGCUAACUAGAGCACACGACCAUUUUGCCUUUUCGCCUUCUCUCACACACGCAUAUCCCUUCCUUGGUGUGUGGGUCUCCAGCUUUGUCAUCCAUUAAAAAGCGAACAAAUCCAGCUCUGCAGAUAAUCCCUGGGGUUUUGGGGGUUUGCAUUGCAAAAACAUGGGAGAACUAAUGUUGGGAAACUGAUGACAAAAGCUUUUCUAUUAGCCAAGGACGGACUUACAAUUUCUUGGAUCUCUUGUGUUGUGUCUCCCCUUUUGCUUUUCCAUUUUAAGAACCAAAGGUGCAGAGCAAGAUUGUAGAUUGAAUAUCAUCGUUUCGCUUUUUAACUCAGUAUUUUUUUAUUAUUUUAACUUUUUCAUACUAAAGAGAAUGUGGGGUCAAAAUAAUAAUAAUAAUUAUUAAUAAUAAUAAUUAAUGGGGGGGAGUAAUCACUGCCAUUUCUACUUGGUCUACUUUUUUAAAAUACCACUUCUUAUACAUUGGGACAUGAAACCACACUUUAAGGAAGAUCUGUAACAUAUAAAGAGAUGGGGCAUAGGAUUUUGUAAAAAUAACAAUAAUAAUAAUAAUGCCUGUGGAGUGUGGCUAGGGAAGGACAUUAUGUACAUAGUUGUAAAAUAUUGUUCUAAAUUAUUUAGACCUAUUGUCACCAUUCUUGAAGUCCUCAGUUGUGUUGCUGGGUCUUUUAUAUGCACACAGUGUAAUUUAUUUAAAGGAACAUAUACUUUUCCAGGUGGUAGCUCAGCUGUGGACUCGUGACCUGUGUAUAUGUUUUAAGAUCUUGGGAUUUGGGUUUUUGAUUUUUUUUGUUUUGUUUCUUUUUUUUUUUUUUUAAUGACAUUUUAGAAUUUGAAUUGGCUAAUAUCCUGCUGUUGCUACGGGACCUAAAUGUUACUGUCAGUCUGCUGUAAAGCACAGAUUGCUCUAUUUAUUGUAGAAAGUGAGUUUAUUUGCUUUCUAGAGUUGUUUAUAUCAGAUGGUAUAAGAGAGGUAAUAAGAAAAUCUAUGCUUGUAAAGAGGAAAAAAAAAAGCUAAUUUUACCUACUAUAAUCUGACUGUCUGAGACUAUAUUUUCUCUCUGAGAAAUAAAUGUUCUAAUGUAAAAAAAAGAAAAAGAGGCCGUGGUGGUGUCAUCCUGCUGUCCAAGCUCCUGGCGUGUCCUUCGCCCCGUCUGGCAGUGCGGGAUGCACACGGGCGUCCCGGCAAGCGCCGCUUCGACCUCCGGUGUCAGGGCAGGCGCUUCCCUGCGCCGGGGUUUUGCUCGCUGCGGCUGUGUUGGGCGUCGUGACCCACGUCCCGGCUCCGGUGGGUGUUGCUGGGAGCUGCCCAGGCUGUCGCAGGCAGCACCUUCAUCUCAGGCCGUCAUUAAUCUGUUGCAAGUAAAACUUUCUGCUGGAGAAGUUUUAUUUCCCUUCCGUUACUUGGUGCUUCUUGCUUGGCAUUGCCAAAUGUUUCAGCUGGAGCUGCCAGCUUUUCCUGAUCCGCUUCUCCACAUUUCUUCAACCUCCUUCAGGUUGGGAUCAGGAGGAGGGGAAGUGGAACGGAUUUCCUCUGCUAUUCCUAAUUUUCUGGAUUCUCUGUCUUUUGUUGGCAAUGUGGCAGCCACCGGACAUGCGGCCAGUGGGCACCACGGCAGGAGAUCUCUGGGGCUGGGAGCCAGGCACAUCCCGAAGAGCGGCCCCGGUUGUGGGUGCCCCAGACAAACGACCAGACUUGGCCGGCCAGUGGAGAAACUGCGGCACAGGUUAGGGGCUAAAGGGAUGGGGAUGGAGGAGGGGAAGAGCUCCCUGAGGACCAGGAGACCAGCCAGGACCUGCUGCCACCGGAGACCGGAGCACGUCGUUGCGCAAGUUACUGCAGGAACGGGAGGAAAAGGGGUGAGGGCAGGAGCGGAGCCGGCGGUUGGGGGCUUGCCCAGCAGCUCGGCCUGCGCGGAGCCAUCCGGGGGCUGGAGAAGAGGUGACAUUUGGAAGCCGUCCAGCAGGACCCGGCUGUUCCUCUGGAGCCAGGUGGCCCUUUCCUGGCAGCGAGGAGGCACUGCGCCAGGACAGCGCAGGGGGGGGAAUGCUCAGCACCUUGCAGGAUUGGUGCUGAAGCCAGGCUUCCCCGACUCGUGCCUGGGUGGGGAGCGCCGAGCUCCAGCAGAAACGCAGAUGGACGGAAAACAGGAGUUGGAUCAAACCAUGUCUGAAGAAUGA